AAAUUAAUUUCCUUCACGUUCUCCAACAAAAUCAGUGUUUUUCUUUUUUAUUUUAUUUUAUUUUUUUCACUGAGUCAGCAUUUUCAGAAGGCCAAAAGUGAAGGAAGAAAGGAGAAGAAGAAGAAGAAGAUGGAGGCUAAGUGGGAAAAGCAAGCGAAGCUCUACGAGGCCUACAAUGAGCUCCACGGCCUCGCUCAGGAGUUCCACACACCCUUCGACGCUCCGGCGGUGCUUGUCGUCGGCCACCAGACCGACGGCAAGAGCGCACUGGUCGAAGCUCUCAUGGGUUUCCAGUUCAACCAUGUCGGUGGUGGCACCAAGACUCGCCGACCCAUUACUCUCCACAUGAAGUAUGAUCCUCACCAAGACGCCCCAUUGUGCCGUCUCGUCUCCGAUGCCGACCCCAACAUUGCUGAGGAGAAGACCCUUAAAGAAAUUCAGGCAUAUAUUGAAGCUGAAAACGUGAGGUUGGAAAGUGAGCCUUUUCAGUUCUCAUCUAAGGAAAUAAUCAUUGCAGUGGAAUACAAGUAUUGCCCAAACCUUACUAUUAUUGAUACUCCUGGACUUAUUGCUCCAGCUCCAGGUCGAAAGAAUCGAGAUUUACAGGGUCAAGCUCGUGCAGUGGAGUCACUAGUACGGACAAAAAUGCAACAUAAAGAAUUUAUUAUAUUGUGUCUUGAAGAUUGCAGUGACUGGAGUAAUGCGACUACGCGAAGGGUGGUGAUGCAAAUUGAUCCUGAGCUUUCAAGGACUGUUAUUGUGUCAACCAAGCUUGAUACUAAAAUACCCCAGUUUGCACGGACAUCAGAUGUAGAAGUUUUUCUUUCACCACCUGCAUGUACGCUUGAUGGUUUCAUACUGGGUGACUCUCCCUUUUUUACAUCUGUGCCUUCUGGAAGAGUUGGUUCUGGGCCUGACUCAGUUUACAGAUCAAAUGAUGAGUUUAAACAGGCUAUAUCCUUGAGAGAGAUGGAAGAUAUUACAUUAUUGGAGGAGAAGUUGGGCCGAUCACUUUCAAAGCAAGAAAAAAGUAGAAUAGGUGUUAGCAAACUUAGGUUAUUUUUGGAAGAAUUGCUACAGAAAAGGUAUAUGGAUAGUGUUCCAUUGAUUAUCCCACUUCUUGAAAAGGAGUACCGGAGUACAACACGGAAGAUGAAUGAAAUAAAUCAAGAACUCAGCACUUUAGAUGAGGUCAAACUGAAGGAGAAAGGAAGAGCGUUUCAUGAUCUAUUCUUGACCAAGCUGUCAUUGCUGUUAAAAGGAACAGUUGUUGCACCUCCAGAUAAAUUUGGUGAGACACUGCAAGAUGAGAGAGCCAAUGGAGGUGCAUUUGUUGGUUUAGAUGGUGCUCAGUUCCCGCAGAAACUUAUACCAAAUGCAGGAAUGCGUUUGUAUGGCGGUGCACAGUAUCAUCGUGCUAUGGCUGAGUUCCGCUUUGUUGUUGGAGGAAUCAAAUGCCCUCCAAUAACACGAGAAGAAAUUGUAAAUGCAUGUGGAGUAGAAGAUAUACAUGAUGGAACAAACUACUCAAGGACAGCAUGUGUAAUAGCUGUUGCCAGGGCUCGUGAUGCAUUUGAACCAUUCCUUUGUCAGUUAGGUUGUAGACUCUUGCACAUUCUGAAGAGAUUGCUUCCAAUAUCAGUCUAUCUUCUAAAGAAAGAUGGUGAGUAUCUAAGUGGCCAUGAGGUUUUUCUAAGGCGUGUUGCUUCUGCCUAUAACAACUUUGCAGAAUCUACUGAAAGGGCAUGCCGUGAAAAAUGCAUGGAGGAUUUAGUAAGCACCACCCGUUAUGUCACCUGGUCCCUACAUAACAAGAAUCGAGCUGGACUACGUCAGUUCUUGGACUCAUUUGGUGGAACGGAACAGUCCACUGUGGGUUUAAGUGUUUCCUCAGAUGCCAAUGACAAGCAGGAAUCAAAGCCUAAGGCAGAUGUUAAGCUCAGUCAUUUGGCCUCAGGAAUUGACUCAACAUCUUCUGUUCAGACAACAGAAACAAGGCUGGCUGAUCUUCUAGACAGCACGCUUUGGAACCGCAGGCUUGCUCCUUCAUCUGAAAGGAUUGUUUAUGCACUGGUGCAACAAAUAUUUCAUGGCAUCAGGGAAUAUUUCUUGGCCUCUGCUGAAUUAAAGUUCAACUGCUUUCUUCUAAUGCCAGUUGUAGAUAAGUUGCCUGCACUACUUCGUGAGGACUUAGAAUCUGCUUUUGAAGAUGACAUGGAUAAUGUUUUUGACGUCAGCAAUUUGCGACAUGCAUUGGGCCAGAGGAAGAGAGAUAUCGAAAUUGAGCUGAAAAGGAUCAAGAGGCUCAGAGAGAAGUUCAGAUCAAUUCAUGAACAGCUUUGUUCGCAUCUAUUUGAUACUAAGGCUAAUUCCAACUCCCACCAAGUGGUUCCAACCGAAAAAUGAAAGUUAAUUGCACAAGCCUAAUCAGUGAGAAAACUUUUGUAUUUAUUCUCUUUUCCUGAAAUUUCCCAUUUUAUCAUUCUUAAAUGUCCUUGAACAAGUGACCUUCAAUUAAUGGGUACCUGUUAGUUAUUUUGAAUAUUUCUGUACCAAAUCAUUUUGAAGAUGUAGCUACUUCCUGCACAAUUUGUUAAUAAAAAUAAUAAUGAAAAAAAAAAAAAAAAACCAUUGUUGAAA